AAUGGCUACUACGUCGCGAGGACAACAAGUUUUGUUGUUCAGUUAAAACAAGCCCCAUGUGAGGAAAAUACCGAACGGCUUCGUCUAAACCACACUUUCUAAUGUGAAACGUUCGUUGGAUUACAUAAACAUGUCCCAGGGAUGUAUAACUUCUGUGGAGGAGAUCCAGUCUUGGUGGGAAGUCCCCGCCAUAGCGCACUUCUGCUCUCUCUUCAGGACGGCGUUCAAUUUGCCAGACUUUGAAAUAGAGGAACUUGAGCAAGCACUACUCAAACAAGACCAAGACUUCCUCUCAGAUCUCCUCUGCUUGCUGCUGCAAGGAUGUUACCAACGCAGCGACAUCACGAUUCAGUCCUUUAGCAGUUACCUGGAAGACAUUAUCAAUUACCGUUGGGUACUGGAGGAAGGCAAGCCCAACCCACUGAAUGAGCACACAUUUGAGGAGCUACCGCCCCGCACACAGGUGGAGCUCUUACACAGGCUCUGUGACUAUCGUCUUGAUGCUGCUGAUGUCUUCGACCGGCUCAAGGGCCUGGAUGCAGACAGUUUGCGUGUUGAGCCUCUUGGCCAAGAUGGAAAUGGAGCCCUCUACUGGUACUUUUAUGGUACACGGCUGUACAAAGAGGAGCCAGUCAAACCAAUGUCUCCCCAAUACAGUGAGAUUCUUGACAAAGUGCCUGAGAAGAAAAGAAGAGGGAGGCCACCAAAGAAGAAGCUUGAGGAUACACUUCCAAUGGAGGAGGAGAUGGAGGAGGAGAGCAUGAACGCAGAGGAGGAGAGUACUGAAGAAUCUAAACCUGUUCUGGAAGAGUCACAUGAGCGGAAGUGUGGGACCUGGUCUCUGGUGUGUGACACAGAGGAGCAAUGGACCAGUCUUGCAGAGAGUAUUAAGGACAAAAUCUCCCCUCAUGACCGGCACCUACACCGCAUCAUCACUCAAAACUUCCUGCCUGAGAUCAGUAACAUGAUUGAAUACAAGGAGAAAGAAAUGACGCUGAAGCUACUGAAUCCAUCUGCGGAAGGCAACGACAACAACCAUACUGAACAACACAGCAGCAAAGAGGAUGAGACUUGGGUCACAAGCGAGAUGGAGCAGAAGCAGACAGAGGAGGACCUGGAAAGGCAAGCCUUGCUUGCUGAACAACGGAGAGAAGAAGAGAGACUGCUUCAGGAAGAACGGGAGAGAGAGGAACAAGAGAAAGUCAAAGCUGUAGAGGAACGUGCACGUAGAAGGAAGCAGCGAGAGGAGAAGGCCUGGUUGCUCUCCCAAGGAAAAGAACUUCCCCCCGAGUUGCUGAAUCUGGAGACCCACUCACCUAUUCGCCGAGCACGCCGUACUAAGGAGUUCUAUGAAAUGGAUGACGAUUACACUGCUCUCUACAAAGUUUUGGAGGCCCUCAAAGCUCACAAAGAUGCCUGGCCCUUCAUGGAGCCUGUUGAUGAGUCUUACGCACCCAACUAUCACGAAAUCAUACAGACUCCAAUGGACCUGUCCACGAUUGAGAGAAAGCUGAAUGAUGGAGAGUAUGUUGCCAAGGAGGAGUUUGUGGCUGAUGUAAAGCUAAUGUUUGAGAACUGUCUGGAAUACAAUGGAGAGGAGAGUGAAUACACAAUAAUGUCUGAGUCCUUGGAACACUGCUUUGGCCGAGCCUUACUAAAGCACUUUCCCUCUGAGGAUGGUGACACAGAUGAGGAGUUUCAUGUGAACAGUGAAGACCGUGACCGCAAGGAAAAGAAAAAGAGCAAAAGUCACAGACAGUCUGGACCUGAGAGCUUGAUCAAAGCCACAGAGCAGGUUCAAAAACGCAAAUCUUCCAACAGUGGUAAGGGAAACAAUCAGCAACAAGACAAACCCAAUUUCACUCAACAACCCCCUCCCCCAAACUACAGCAAUGGUCCCUCACAUCUCCAUAAUAUCAAUCCAGGACAGCAACAGCCUGGCACAUUACAUCCUGCUCAACAGUUUCAUCAGCCUGCAGGUCCUCCAGGACCAGGAAUGUAUGCCCAUCAUAUGAUGAUUGACCCUCAGUAUCCAUACCCUGGACAGCGACCCCUCAUGUCCAGGCCAUCAGAGGACCAUGGACCUCAGCACAUGCCUCACUACAGCAUGCAGAAUUCCCUCUUAAGUGGUCCACAUCUUAGACCCAGAUACCCAGUAGGAACCGAUGUAAGGCCGCUUCAACCUCCACAUCAGCAACCUUCCUAUCCUGGACCCACUCAUGGCCCUUCCCUGGGCCCAAGGCCAGUGGCCUUUCAGCCUGGAGGUCUCUGUGCCCCUCCAACUGAGGGCAAUAUGUACCCUUCACACCAGCAUUCAGAAGGACAGCCCAUGCAAACUGUGGGGAACAGGUACCCUAGGCCAGGUGUCCCAAUGCAUAGUUCCUACCCUCCUUAUGGUCCCCAUGGCAUGAACAUGCCCAUUAUGUGGCCACCCAUGAACCAUCAAGGACAGCAGACACCUGGUGGACCAAUGAUACAAGAACAGAGUGCGACUAGCCAGCAUCCAUACAAUCAUAGCAUGAUCCAUCCUCCACACAGUGUUGGUUAUGCAAUAGCAAAUGGUCCAUAUAGAAUGCCCUCUAUUAACUCUCACGGUCUCAUUGGUCAAAAACCACCAGGGGCCCCUCAGGACUCAAGGCCAAUUUUAGCAUCUAUGAUUGAUAGUCCCGAGAUGAUUGCCCUCCAGCAACUCUCUGCCUCAUCAUCCCAAAAUGUUGGCGACUUCCAGCCCACCCUACAAAGUGGAGGUACAACGGCACUGUCUUCUGAAAACCAUCUCUUCAGGCCUUCUAGAGAUGGUGUUAUUGACAACCAGCACACAAUGAUAUCCCCCAAAGGUUCAAAUACAAAAUCUGGUGAUAAUCAGUUGCCUGGAGAAAAUUGUGAUCUGAUUGAGGCAGACAGUCGCUUUUGUCCAAAUCAAACAGAAAAAUCAGAGCAGCCUAAUAGCUCUCUGCAAAACCCUACGGUGCUGGACUGGCAUAGACCAACACAGAGACAAACGUCACUGGGGAAAUCUCCUGCAUCAGUUUCUACUACAAGCAAAGAAUGUUCAAAGCAGAAUGAAGACAAACAUAAUCGACUAAAUCUAGAAACACCUCACAACAGUGACCAACCCAAUUUACUAAAUGCUACCCAACUAGUACCCCAGCAGCAUAAGUCUGUGGAGGAUCCUUCAAAAUUUUCCCCAAAUUGUUCUCAGCAGAUGCCCCAGAAAACACUAGAUGCAAUGCCCCAGCAUCCCCCUCAACAAAUCCAUCAAAAUGUUCCAACACAAUUUAUUGGGAAUGGCUCUCUAAGGCAAUCCCAGAAUGUUCCUCCACACAUGCUGCAGAAUCUUCCUCAACAAAUGUCACAAAAUGUAUCUCAUCAGUACCCUCAAAAUGGCUUACAGCAAGUACCACACAAUGGAUCUGUCAAAGGCCCACAGACAGGAGCUCUCCAUGGAAUGCCACAGAUUGCACUUCAGGGGGGACAGCAUGGCGUUCAUCAGCCUGUAACCCUCAGCUCUCUACCUCCCAGCCACCCUGUAUCUCAUCCACUUGCGCAGCCCUCUCCGGCUGAUCAGGGAGACCAAAGGCCUUGUGAGCCUACCAGUAGGAUAGUAUCAGAUGGGAUCACCGUUUCCCAAGAUGGCAGCAAUCCUAAACUGAGGACGGACUGUGCCAAUGGACUUUACAAACAACAGCCCUUCAGUCCGGAAAACCAAACCCAGCUGGGAAAGCAGGGUCCAGAACCACUUCUCAAUCAUGCUUGUCCAACACACUCUCAGGGUCCAGAGAGCACCACCAUGGCUCAAUACAAUGUAAAUCAGCCAACACGUCAACAAUUCAGCCCACAUAUAGGUAAACAAUUACACCCCUCAAACCACCAACCUUACCCAAACCAGGGACCUCUAUCAAAGACAAAUAGCCCUCAUCAUAAUCCUGCACGUUUUCCUGCUUAUCAACAGCAAGCUGUUCCAUACCAAUAUCACAUGGCAACACCGCAUCAUCAGAGCCUUCCGAGCAUGUAUCCUCAGUACCAGCAGCAACAGUUCUAUCAGCUGCACAGACAUGGCAGACCUGGAUUUCCCACUGAAGAGUGGCCUAGACCUCCAUACCAGCCUCAACACCAAAUGAUGCCCAAUUCUUACCCAUCACCAUUAGUUGGCAGUUUUAAUGGCCGGCAGCCGAAAAACACCAUGUCUCCUCAGGGCUCGGAUGGAUCUAGUGGGAGCUUAAUGUCACCGAGUUCUUUACCAGAUGGGUCUCAUAGCAGCGCUUUGGAAAGCAGGGAGGAUGGCAGCCCUGCCAAGCAGGCAAGAACUGAAGAGCCUUCUGGGCACUCCGACAGCCCGAAAGAGAUCUUGGACCUGGACAGCCAUAAUGCUGCAGCCCGAAAUCGUAUUUCAGCUCAGCCACACCCCAGUUUCUCUUAUGGCCCUCGUGCCAUGUAUUCCAGCAUGCAGCAAGGUGGUGCACCUAUGAUGGCAGGUGUGUCAUAUUCCAGCCACCAAUUUCCCAGCAGACAAUUUGCCCAACAGCAUCCUCAUCCACAUUUGAUGGAAGCCUUACAGAGGCCCCAACACCUACCUUUCUUCCCAAGCCAAACUCGCAUGGCUAUAUACAGGCAUUCAAAUGUUGCAGGACACUUCCAGGGAAUGGUCGUUCCACAAAGAGCAGUGGUUGGAGAACAAUUUCUUCGGACUGGGCAGCAGUUGUUGGGAACAGCAUCUCCCAAUGGCCCAGGCAAUAAACAAGGAAUAUGAAAGGUGAGAUUGCAGCGGUAGAAUGAAUACAUUCUACAACACUUUUACAACCUGGAAUAUACAUGGAGAGAUGGAGAACACAAUGACAGAAAUUAGGAAGAUUGUUGAAAAUAUAAUUUGUUACACCAAUUGGAGUCUCACUCCUCAGACAGGCUUCUGUUAUAGUGUUACCUUCAAAAAUUAAAACGUUUUUUGGAACACUGGUAACCCAACCUGCAUUCGGCAGUCAUUUACAAUGAGGAGGGAAAGGAAUGUCUCGCAGUGCCAGGAGAUAUGCUCAACGAGCUGAACCAUUGACCAAGGAAAAGCUGUGAAUAUUUGAAUGUGAAUUGUGCCCUCUCUUUAGUGCUCAAAUGCGGUUUAUACACAUAAAUACUGGUCUGCAGCUUGCGUUUUUCUUUUGGAAUGUCUUUUUCACCUCAUUCCCUGUAGGAAUAACAUCUCCGAGGCUUCUUCGCGUGGGCAGUUAAAGGAGUAAAGAAACUGGAUGUUGUUAAUGAGAAGAGUUAUGUCAUUUACCAGUUGGUGUUCCUUAUCAAAGUUAAACUCAGGUGUAAUAAAAAAGUUACUGAUUCUUCUGGACCUCUUUCCAAGCUCCAUGGACAAACUAGGCUCAGUUGCCUUCAUGUACAUGUUGAAUGUUCUGUGAAUGAUUUUAGAUAAUGCAACACAAGGAAUAAAAGAUGGAUCUUCUGCUCCACUGGGAAACACCACACCUGGAGUGUUUUUAUGAGGUGGUGUUCACUUCAACUAAAACACAUUAUCCACUUAAGUUCUGGUGUUAUGCAUCCUUUUAAUGAUGAACCAACUUGAAGAUUGUCUUUGAUUUACAUAGACUGGCAGAGAACCCGGCUGCUCUAUUUGUUAUGCACUAGGAAUAGUCUUUCAUACUGGAAUUAGUGACCUUGGACUAAAAAUAGAUGUGUGCUUUGUGUGAGACUAAAUUCUACAACAUUUUCUUAAGUUGUCUCUUUAUCUAAUGUGUGUCUGAUUGUCUCUUAUUGAUGUGUCCUGCUAGUUUGAAUAUGCACAGAAUGAAUAAUCAGGUUUUAAACACUGGGAUAUACAUUUGUCACUUCUACACAGACUGGGGGGGGGGGGGGUUGGCAUGGUUUCAUUGAAGGCCGGUUUAUUGUUUGUUAUCUGAUGCCAUUCUUUAUUGGUCAUCUUAAAAUGUUUUGUUUUCACAUACUGGAAUGGAAAUUGAUAUUGUCACAAAAGACAACCAACUAGAGUUGUAGUGAUGAGAGAGCACAAAUUAGCCAUAAACCGGCUAGAUGUUCUCUUGUAAAAGCACCACUGUAGCUCCUUUUAUCAAAUGGGAAAAAUGUCAAUGUGUUCAUAUUUUACAUUAAUGCUUCCUCUUUUAAUUCAGUGUACUGAAUAUGUCCUCAGGUUGCAGUGGUUUUAAUACGGGUAUUGUAAAUGAAUAUUCAGUGAAAAAUAUGAAUUAAAUGUCACUGGAACUGUGGAAAUUAACCUCAAUUCAUCUUAAGCCAGUGAAUGAUCUUAACUGUGUGUGCGUGCGUGCGUGCGUGCGUGCGUGUGCGUGUGUGUGUGUGUGUGUGUGUGUGUGUGUGUUUCUCAGUAUAACUGCAAGUAACAGGAACAAAGCAAGCUGUUGUUGUGGUUAAUAGCAUUUGUCACACUGUUCUUUAAAAUCAUCUGGCAAUUUUUUUUUAUGCAUUAAAUGGGGUGUGCUGACUUGGAAUUGGAGGUUGUGCUUUAAAUUCAUUUUCAUAGGUCCUAUUACUGUUGUCCUGCACUAAAAAUUAUUAUUUUGAGUAUGUAAUAUGGAUUACACUCUUGGCUCAUCUGAACAAACCAUAAAAAAUCCAGCUUAUUUAUGAUAUAGCAGCAAGAAAAUCUACCUCAUUAAGCCAGAAUUUGGCACAUUCUCCAUUCCCUUCUUAGACACUCACAAAGAUAACUUGUUUGAUGUAUAGGUCUCUGUGGAACAGAAAUGGGCAUUUCCCAGUGGGCAUUUUCAAACCAGGAUGGGCAUUUUACAACCGCUUUACUCAUUGUGCCUACUACAUAGAGAUUCCCUACAUUCUUUGGAUAGUGGAAAAAACCCAUCCUGGUUUGGAAAUGCCCACUGAUAAAUACACACAGAUUCCCUACUUUCAUUGGAUAGUUUAAAAACGCCCAUCCUGGUUUGGGAAAACGUCUUACAGACACCCGUCUCAUUUUGUCACUUGCUUAUGUGUUUGUACUCUGAAUCCUUAAUAUGUCCACUUGUAAAACCAAACAAAUGAUCAUAAAUUUUUCAGUGCCAAGUUUGAACAUAAAACAUCUGCAUUCCACAUUUUGAAUGUUUGUGCGUUUCACCACCAUCACUGAAAUGAAGACAGUGUCCUAGUUUGACAAUUGAUGUUCAUGUUGUUGCUCUCAUUUAGAGUUGCGUAGGAUCCAAACUGAAGUCAGUGGAAAACCGGAUGUACAUCUUGUACAAAGGAUUUGUCUGAUAUUUGUGAUGCAUUUUCCCAGAAACCUGAGUGAGUGUAUCAUGUCUGGCUGUGAUAUUUUAACAGUAAAUAGUUUUUCCUGUACACGUCAAGUGUUACAUAUGUAUGAAUCAUGAAUGCUGUCUAACUUUUUUGUGUAAAUCUGUUUUUGUUCACCAGUGAAUUUCUAUCAUUUUAGUAAUGUCUUGUAAAUAUUGUCAUUUUCAGCUGUUCAAAUGUAAAGGGAUCAUUAAGUUGUAAUGGACUGCAAGAUUGUGUGGAGAUGUGUUUUAUUUUCUCUGUUUUCAUGUAUUCAUUGGUGGGUAAAAGAUGUCUCUCUUGAAAUCCAGUCUUCAAACAUCUCUGCUGUCAACUAUUCUGUCUGCACUAGUUCAGCAAAUAGUUGGUUAAAUGUGAAACAUAUUUAUUUGCUCUUUAGGUCUGUAAAUCUUUAAUAUAAACAUGCCCCCUCCUCCCCCCAAUUCAAUAGCAUGAUGGCAUUCAAAAGGACCUCUAAAACGUUCAUUUUUAUAUGAAGUUCUUACCUGACUGGCAAAUUAUUUUGGAAAUAGAAUUAUUUUCA